AUGACAGUUGAAGGAAAUACACAGUUUUAUGAAAGUUUAACUGGAAAUAAUAGAUUUCUCAUUACAAAAGAUACCAUAGAUAAAGUUGACAAGAAAUAUAAUGUUAGGCCAUUUAUUGAAGCUAAACCAUCUGAGACCAAAGUCAAUAAAAUCGAACUUGAAUUUAUUGACUUGUCCUUAUUUGGCUACGGAGAUGACCAUUUAGAGCAAAGAAAAAACAUGGCUGCAAUUCUUGAAAAAUCCCUCACUACCUACGGCUUUUUGGGGCUUAAAAAUCAUGGUAUUGCUCUUGACGAAUUGGAUCAUUUACGGUCACUUGCACAAUCUGUAUGUGAACUUCCUGAAGAUAUUCAGCAGCAACAUCUUGCCGGUGCCAUGAAGUCGGACUUAGAGGAUCGUUCUAAAUCUUUAGGUGGAGAAAGAGGUGCUGGAUUUAAACCAAAAAAAUACUGGUCUAUGAAAAAUGGAGUGGAAGAUUCGAUAGUAUUGUACAACUUCCGCAACAUGCAGCAACCUCGUUUUUUCGAUACAGACUUCAACAAGUACCCUGAACUUCUUUUGCCUCAUUUGCCAGAAGUUGCAAAAUAUUUUAGGGCACUCCAUAAUGAAGUGUUAAGGAAAUUAUUAACAUUAUGUGACAUAAUUCUUGAGUUACCAGAAGGGUAUCUUUGGGAAAAUUAUUUUAAGGUGAUUGAAAAUGACUAUGUAAAUUCAGGUAAUGGGUUUGGAAGAUUUAUGCUCUAUGAUCCAAUGAAUGAAGAAGAUAGUGAAAAAGUUGAUAAUAAUUGGUUAAGAGGACAUUCGGAUGGUACUGGAUUUACAUUCAUUACUUCUCAGCCAAUUUUAUCGUUACAGAUUAGAGAUUACUUCACUGGUGAGUGGAAAUUUGUUGGCCAUCAACCUGGUGGAUUGAUUGUAAAUAUUGGCGAUGCAAUGGAGUUCAUUACUGGUGGUUAUUUCAAGUCUUCAAUUCAUAGAGUUGUUUCCCCUCCAGAUGAUCAAAAGGGAUUCCGAAGAUUAGUGAUCAUUUAUUUUUGUAACCCCAAAUACCCCGCUAUAUUAGAUCCUGAAUCUUUGAACUCUCCCAAAUUGAACAGGUUGAGAAUCAAUAAACCUGAAGAAUGGCAAAAGAUAAGCUUUAAAGAAUGGGAUGAAGAAAAGGGUAGACUUUUCGGGAAGAAAGCAGUGAACGACUCGAAAGGUGAUGAGCCUAAUUUAGUGCUUUUGUAUGGAAGACUUCACGAAAGAUGGCACCAAGUAGAAAAAAACUUUAAUUUAGAAGAAGCAAAGAAACGAUUUAAAGUAAUUGAAAUCUAA